AUGAAGCAGUCUCAGAAGAGCAUUCAACAGAAGGAUGGCCAGUUUCCAUCCUCUCUACCCCUCAAAUCCAAAUUACACACAGGUGCUACUGCCAGCAAUCUAUAUACUCUGAGUGAAAGCUGUAGCAUCGCUGAAGGGAUCCCCUCGGGCCUACUCUGCGGCCGGCAGUCGCUUCAAGUUCCUCACGCAGACUCGGCGCCGGCGGCCGAAAGCAGCUUUUCCCGCCCUUCUCAGCUAAGAAGUUCCAGAACUUUCGUCCCUAGCCGUCGCCGGCUCCAAAUUAAGGGGGCUCAAAAUACAGCGAUGCGUCUCUUCCUGCCAGUCACCAGGCCGGUUGGAAGCGCACGGAAAGCAUCAACACUUCUAGUCCGACCUAACUACCCUCGCAGAGCCCCGCGCGAGCCAGCUACAUCUUCGAAAAAACUGCGGAAAAUACACAGAGAGCCGGAGAUCCCGCGAGACUUCACAGGCCUGCCUCGGCCUCAGCGCGCCGGAAGCGGAAGUCAGGAGGCGGUCGAAUUCUGGCCGAAGUGGCGCUGUUACCUGGGAGAGGUGGAGGCUUGCAUACAGAGGUCCUGUGCCAGCGCCCUGGACCGGAGGUAG